AUGGAAGUAUCAAAUGAGCAACGAGUUGCACUUGCUAGUCUUAUGCUGGUGGAGGAAACUGAAUAUUGGUGGGAGGCCACGCAACGCCUACAUACGGCAGGUGGCACCGGAGGAUUGACCUGGAACCAAUUCACUAAGGUUUUCAAUGACAAGUACUUUCCAGCUACCUAUCGGUAUGAAAAAGAGAGAGAGUUCCUUCGGCUAGAGCAAGAGGAGUUGACUGUAGCUCAAUAUGAAGCUAAGUUCAUUUCUUUAUCUCGUUUUGCCCCUUCGUUUGUGGAUGAUGUGGAGGUCAAAUGUUGUCGUUUUACAGAUGGGUUGGACUUGGACAUCAAAUAUCGUAUUCGAGUGUUAGGAAUAACUAACUAUUCGACCUUGGUUGAUAAAGCCUUAACAGCUGAGAAAGAUGUCAUAGAAAUUAAGGUAGCGGAACAACAGAAGAAGCGCCACCUUAGUUCAUCCUAUCAUGAGAACAUAUCUAAUAGACCGUCAAAGAGAGGUGGUCAUGGUUAUGGUUCAGUCAAGAGCUCUAGUGCAUAUCAAAAAAAUAGAGAGCAUCCCACCCCAACCCAAAGCAUUUCUAAUCAGCGUCAUGCAUCAUCUCAGUUUACUCGAAGUGUUUGCAAGCAAUGUGGGCGGGCACAUACAGGCGUUUGUCAUGCUGGUACCGACUUGUGUUUUCAUUGUGGCCAGAACGGUCAUUUGGUGAAAGAAAAUGAGUAA